UGUGGGGGAGAAGCUGACGAGCAAAAUGAAUUAGGGCAAAGACAAAUACUGAGGCAUUGUUGGAGUGAACGUUACCUUUAUGAUAUUUGACAAGUGCAAUUAAUGUACAGACAGUGGUGGAAGAAGUACUCAUAUUUUACCUAUAAAUAAAAGCAGUCAUAACAUCUUGUUUAUAUGUUUACUUAGUAAGUAAAUGUAACGAAGUAAAACCAAAAUACUAAGUAUGAAAAUAUCAAAGUAAAAGUUCUUAUAAUACAGAAUGACCCGUUUCAAUACAUUUUCAAAAUAUUAUAUGUGUAUACAUAUAUUAUAUAGAUCUCAUUGUAUUAUUACAUUAUUAUCAUUGACAUGUUAGCAGCAUUGUAAUGAUGUAGCUGAGUCUAAUUAAAAUGAAGCCUGACUGACAGGUUAAAAUUAUAAUGCAUCAUAUUUUAUUUAACUUGUUUUUGUAUAUUCAAUCCUGAUUAUGCCAACUCACUACAGCUGUCCACAAAAUGUAGAAGUGGAGUAGAAGAAUAACACCUAAAUAAAGAACAAGUACUGAAGCACGUCAGCUGAGUAAAUGUACUUGAUUACUUUCCGCCACUGUUCCCAGUCCUCUGCUCCCCCAGUACAGAUGUUGAGUUUAGACGAUAGUCAUGGAGACUCUUCUGUUGUUUCUCUGGCGCUGCCUCGGUUUUAGCGGGUGAUAUUCAAAAUAAAAUGACGCGUGUACUAGUGUGCGCCAAUGCCAACGGAGGGGGGCGUCUCCAACUAUUUUGUUACAAACACGAAUCCGGAGUAAGGAGUCUUUUUCCUGGGUCUCUCAGCUCUUACGAGAAUGAGUUCAUAAUGAAGCGGCGACUGGAGGAUCAGGAAACGGUUUUUGCGUCCCAGCAGCGGCGCCUCGUUGGCAACCCGGAGGCAUUCCAGCAUCGCGUCCUGGCCCCCGCUCCAGCCCCGGCUGUGUAUGAGGCCGUGUCUGACAACAUGCAGCCCACAGCAGGCGUCCAGUACUCCGUCCCCCAGGGAUACCAGGUGUCUCUGCUUUCCCAGGUUCCCACCGUGGCCCAAAACAGUGGCGGGCAUGGGCACACCCCGAACCCAGCCGUCCACGGCGGGUCCCACCACCACAGCCCGGCAGUCCAGUCACAUGGGCCCUCGGUGCUGUCAGGGCACAGCCACACAGCUGCUCCACAAGCCUCCGCACAGGGCCAGCAGUUCCAGAGGCUCAAGGUAGAAGACGCUCUGUCUUACUUGGAUCAAGUGAAACUGCAGUUUGGCAACCAGCCUCAGGUCUACAAUGACUUUCUGGACAUAAUGAAAGAGUUCAAGUCUCAAAGUAUUGACACCCCUGGGGUCAUCAGCAGAGUGUCACAGCUCUUCAAAGCUCACCCCGACCUCAUCGUGGGCUUCAAUACCUUCCUGCCACCUGGAUACAAGAUCAAGGAAAGUGUUCAAGGAUCACAAAGUCAGCCUCCCACCAGAAUGGAGCUGCUCCAUCGUGUAUGAAUGGAUUUACUAACCUUCUAGAAGGAGCAGUCUCAUUAUGUGUGUGUUUUCAUAACUGUAGUCUACAGAAGAGGGUUCAUCAAAACUACAAUCAUAGAAACAAGCAACGUUCCCGAUUUCACCAUUGUGUUGCCUUCGGAAUAGCAAAAGCAACGUUUUCAAAAGAUUUUUACUGCUCAUCUUAACGAAUCUAUUUAAUUUCUCUUAACUUUUCUUUAAGUGCAUUUAGUGUGAUUGUUUGAUAGCAAGUGAUUAAAGCAGAUGUUUACCGAACAACCCAACCUUAAGGUGAAGAGAAAAGGCAUCUCUUCCAUUACUUUCAUUAAUGGUUUAAGUAGAGCAUUAGCCACUCUUAACAGUGAUAAUUGUUCCAGUCUAUUUUCAUUUAAUUGUAUUACAGUUGCAUCUACGGAAUACCACCCACCGCCGAAACUGCUUACAAAGGUAUCUCGAGCAAAGCUUCUUUUAAACCGCAGUAAGAGAUGAAAUUAAUGUCAACAAAUUAAAGAAAAUCUUCUGAAUAAUGCGUGUUAAGAUAAGUAUUAUCUUGUGGUGUGGUAACUUGAACUAAGUGGUUAUGAAAUUAAAACAGUAUUUAAAAAAGGCUUUAGUUAUUUUAUAGAUGCACAAAUACACACCAAACAAUUUGCAUUUAUUUUAACAAUUUAUAUUUUAUAUUUAUGAUUCUAUAUUUAAUAUUUAUUAAACAUAUCUGCUGCAAUGUAUGCACAUAUAAAAUGCAAGGAAGGGCCAGCACAAUGAUAUUUUAUUAUAUUUUAAUAUAUAUUAUAAUUCAUAUAAAUAAAAGGUUUAUGUGGGGGAGAAGCUGACGAGCAAAAUGAAUUAGGGCAAAGACAAAUACUGAGGCAUUGUUGGAGUGAACGUUACCUUUAUGAUAUUUGACAAGUGCAAUUAAUGUACAGACAGUGGUGGAAGAAGUACUCAUAUUUUACCUAUAAAUAAAAGCAGUCAUAACAUCUUGUUUAUAUGUUUACUUAGUAAGUAAAUGUAACGAAGUAAAACCAAAAUACUAAGUAUGAAAAUAUCAAAGUAAAAGUUCUUAUAAUACAGAAUGACCCGUUUCAAUACAUUUUCAAAAUAUUAUAUGUGUAUACAUAUAUUAUAUAGAUCUCAUUGUAUUAUUACAUUAUUAUCAUUGACAUGUUAGCAGCAUUGUAAUGAUGUAGCUGAGUCUAAUUAAAAUGAAGCCUGACUGACAGGUUAAAAUUAUAAUGCAUCAUAUUUUAUUUAACUUGUUUUUGUAUAUUCAAUCCUGAUUAUGCCAACUCACUACAGCUGUCCACAAAAUGUAGAAGUGGAGUAGAAGAAUAACACCUAAAUAAAGAACAAGUACUGAAGCACGUCAGCUGAGUAAAUGUACUUGAUUACUUUCCGCCACUGUUCCCAGUCCUCUGCUCCCCCAGUACAGAUGUUGAGUUUAGACGAUAGUCAUGGAGACUCUUCUGUUGUUUCUCUGGCGCUGCCUCGGUUUUAGCGGGUGAUAUUCAAAAUAAAAUGACGCGUGUACUAGUGUGCGCCAAUGCCAACGGAGGGGGGCGUCUCCAACUAUUUUGUUACAAACACGAAUCCGGAGUAAGGAGUCUUUUUCCUGGGUAUGUAACAGCUGGUUAAACUAAACAAUAUUAACAGUGUUGCCGAUGUAACAAGUGAACGAUGUUUGUGUCGAAGCGCUUUGUGGGGCAGUCGCGCCUCCGUAUGCUUUUUGUGUCCUUAAAUUAAUUGAAGGGGGCUUU